CCUGGUCCCCGCAGGCCCGUGGCCAGAAAGGGCCGGGCCAAAUCCGAGUCCAGGUGGCCUGAGCCCCUUCCUCGGAUUGGUCCCCGCUCUUCGUUCGCAGCACUUUCAGGGCUGGGGCAGGAACUCCGGGGCAAGUUCCGUUCGGGUUUCCCUUGGAACCUUGGCCUCCAGUCGCUGUUGGUCACGACCGCGAAAGACCGAGCGGCUCCCGGCCUGCCGAGAUAACGAGUGCAGAGCCCUUUUGAUAACCCUGCAAUAGGGAAGUCACGUGACACCACCACGUCAACAUGAAUGAGGUGUCAGUCAUCAAGGAGGGAUGGCUGCACAAGAGAGGUGAAUACAUCAAAACUUGGCGACCAAGGUACUUCCUCCUGAAGAGUGACGGGUCUUUCAUUGGGUACAAAGAGAAGCCUGAAAUGUCAGAGCACAGUUUGCCCCCUCUGAACGACUUCUCUGUGGCAGAAUGCCAGCUCAUGAAAGCCGAGCGUCCCCGGCCCAACACCUUCAUCAUCCGCUGCUUGCAGUGGACAACCGUCAUUGAGAGGACGUUCCACGUAGACUCCCCCGAGGAACGUGAGGAGUGGAUCCGUGCCAUUCAGAUGGUUGCCAACAGUUUAAAGAACCAGGAGCCAGAAGAGGACCGAAUGGACUUCCAGGGUGGCUCCCCCAGUGGCAGCAUGGGGGCAGAGGAGAUGGAGGUGGUGGCAGUGACCCAGGCCCGAGCCAAGGCGACUAUGAAUGACUUUGACUACCUGAAGCUCCUGGGCAAGGGCACGUUUGGGAAGGUCAUCUUGGUGCGUGAGAAGGCCACGGGGCGCUACUACGCCAUGAAGAUCCUGCGCAAAGAAGUCAUCAUCGCCAAGGACGAGGUGGCCCACACGGUCACUGAAAGCCGAGUCCUGCAGAACACGAGGCAUCCUUUCCUCACGGCCCUGAAAUACGCAUUCCAGACCAACGAUCGCCUCUGCUUUGUCAUGGAGUACGCCAACGGAGGAGAGCUCUUCUUCCACCUUUCCAGAGAGCGGGUCUUCACUGAGGACCGAGCCCGUUUCUAUGGGGCUGAAAUUGUUUCUGCCUUGGAGUACCUCCACUCACGGGAUGUUGUUUAUCGAGACAUCAAGCUGGAGAAUCUCAUGCUGGAUAAAGAUGGACACGUCAAAAUCACAGACUUUGGGUUAUGCAAAGAGGGCAUCACUGACGGGGCCACAAUGAAAACCUUUUGUGGGACACCAGAGUACCUGGCCCCUGAGGUGCUGGAAGACAAUGAUUACGGGCGGGCCGUGGACUGGUGGGGCUUGGGCGUGGUCAUGUAUGAAAUGAUGUGUGGGCGCCUCCCCUUCUACAACCAAGACCACGAGCGCCUAUUUGAGCUCAUCCUGAUGGAGGAGAUCCGCUUCCCGCGCACGCUCAGCCCUGAAGCAAAGGCCCUCCUAGCGGGACUGCUGAAGAAAGACCCCAAGCAGAGGCUUGGCGGCGGCCCCAACGAUGCCAAGGAAGUGAUGGAGCACAGAUUCUUUGCAGCUGUCAACUGGCAAGAUGUGGUUCAAAAGAAGCUUAUCCCGCCCUUCAAGCCCCAGGUGACCUCUGAAAUUGACACUCGGUACUUCGAUGAUGAGUUCACUGCACAGUCGAUCACCAUCACCCCGCCUGACCGAUAUGACAGCCUGGACGCCCUGGAUGCCGACCAGCGGACUCACUUCCCCCAGUUCUCCUACUCAGCAAGCAUACGGGAGUAGGCCGGCAGCGGUCCCUCGGAGAGCCCCCUGAAGAACCAGCGGGGGGGGGGGGCGGCGGCGGCAGCGGAGAGAGCUCCUUCUGCUUGGGUCCCCUGCAGCUGGUUCUGCAGACCCCCCGUCCCCCCCCCCCAGCUCCUGGGGGACCAGACAGACUUUGCCAGCCCUGCCUGCCUUCCUGUAGCCCAGCGCGAGAGAGGCCGGCACGCAUCCCGGGAGCAAGCGGAGGGAGGCUCGCCCUGCCCGGAGCCCUCCUGGCUCCAUGCUCCAAAGGAGAACGUCUCGGGGCUGUUGCAGCAGCCUUGAAAGGAUCUGCAUUCUGUCUCAGGAGCUGCUGGCGGACAGUUCCUUGGAAACUCCUCUGGACAAGAAAGAGAAAGGGUUCACCCUGGAGCCUAGGGAGGGGUUUCUGGUGAGCAUGCACGUGGACCGGAGGGAUUCCUUGGGAUCAACAGACUGACACACGGCAUACAAAAAAGUCACACUUUGUCAAGGGGGCGGGGGGGGGGGGCCUUGUUGCCCCACACAUUGCAUGUUGAGUGUGGGGUGCCCUGCCACCUCCAGCCGGCAGGAGGUGCUAGAGCUAAAGCCAGCUUUGGGUUUUGCUGGGUUGCUUUCCCACUCAGGCUGGCCUUGGCCAACCGAGGGAGACCAGCUGGCCACCAGCGGAGCCGCCCCUCGUUGGUGAUGGGCACGGAGAACCUGGGGCAAGUCUCCAGCUCCCCUCCCGCGGCACGCCAGCUUCUGGCUCCCCAGAGAGCUGUGCUGGGUGUCCGGCGUGUGCGUCUUGCUCCCCUUGCUGGUUGGGGGAUCGCCUGAGCAAGCGUGGCUGCCUUCAUCACUGCCUUAGCCCAAGGGCGAUGCACGCCCAUUACCAGUUCCACGGUUUGCGGGCCCUGCUCGCCAGGAUUUUUUUUUUCAAAACUGGCGUCCUCCCCUCCCGACAGGUGCCUCAAAAGCAGCAGGGCGUUGCUGCCUGUGUGCCGUCGCCGCCUCCUGCAGCCUCAGGGUUCCUGGGGCGGGGGGGACGACUCUACAUUGGAUUGGAUUGGUGUGCUGUGACUGCCGCUGGCAGGGAUACAUCUAGCAGGGUGCAGGGAAGCCCAAGGUUGUCGCCGCGCAUCUGAAGGAUGCUGGCCAUGUUCCUCUCAGCACUCCUUCACCUGCGUCUGUUGAGAAACCAUCUAGGGCCCCCCCCCCGCGCCCAUAUUAGCCGUGCAGUUUGCGUCCUGUGUAGCUGCUACCUCAAAGGGUCAAGAAACCGCCACAGUCCGCUCAGGCACAGCGUCUGCAGGGAGGCUUGGCCCUCCCUGCUGGCCAAGAACCCCGGCUUGCCUUUCCCCACUGGGGGGCUGUUUCUCUCAGGGCCAGCUGAUGGGCUCCCUGAUACUCUUUUCUGGAACCAAAAACCUGGCUGUGCUUUUCGCAGCUGGACUCUGUUCUGCCUCUUCCCAGGUCUCCAUUCUGUUGCUGGCAGUGGAUUUCUUCCCUGAGUAGAGUUGGCCUCUCUGGAUUUUGAGAAGUGGGAGCUGGAAGAGGAUGGAAUCCACCACCCACCUACCCCGCCACCAGUUCCUUCUUCCUGUGCCGCAGCUGGCGCAGGCCAAUUUCACCCCCAGCAGGACUUUCUGCAUGCGCGCACACUUACCUAAACCCCUAGGCUGUCCCGUUCGUUCCUUUGGCUGGACCUGGGUAGGCCUUUGUUGAGAGAGGAGGGGGAUUGCCCGUAUGGGGCUGGAUUGGGGCUUAGGCAGGCAUCCUUACCAGGUGUAUGGGGUGGGGGGUUUUGUGCAGUGCUUGGCCUUCUCUAUACAGUGUAAGCUCAAAAGAGUGACCCUGCAUGAGUAUAUAUCUGAACAUUUCAAAAAUAGCAUGUGAAACUUGAAAGGGCAGCAGCUAACUGUUGCCUGGCCAGUUCUGAGACCCACCCCCACCCUGCCCCCCAUCCAGAAGUCCUCUUCUGGGGCUCCCUCAUGCUCUGCCCCUACUUGUGUUUCCUGCAGUGUGUACAGCAGCCUGCCUCGAGGCACAUUGCCUGGGAAGCGAGUCGCGGUGUGGCUGGAGGCAGGGCCCAGUCUGUCCCUCCUAUCUUUGUUGCAGCCAUGGGAGGCCUGCUUCACUGGUUCCUGGUGGCAUUGGCCACAUAUGGAGCUGCCUGGCUCUUGCUGCUGGGAGGGCUGAUGCUGUUUGUGGGCAGGCCGCCCCUUCUGAGGCAAGGGAGCACCCACGGCCGGUACAUGGAAUGGUGGUGGCCUUUCUUUUUCCCACCCAUGCAGAGCAUGGGAUGGGCAACUCUGCAGGAGUGAGGGAAGGGGCCCACUCGCUUCCAUGGUGACACACGUGAGGUUGGGCUACGACAAAGGCCCCCCCCCUUCCCAGGAGAUGUGCUGUUUGUGGCGAAUCUUUCCUGAAAUGUGGGGGCGGGGCAGUUGAAAAUGACAUCAUCCAGACAUCAUCCCUAGAGAUAAAACAGUUCUCUUACUCUUCCAUAUAGGGAUGAGUGCAUUCUAAAAUUGCCUAUACAAUUAGGAGUGGGGGUGAUCGUAUAGGUUCACUCCCCCAUCCUGCUGUUUUUCUGGAAACGAAGCCGCUGACUCUAAAGGAAAGCGGGUGCUGAAAUCCUCUGUGUCGUCAAAAGCUGUCUUGGCUGUUUGGUGUGUGCCCCAUCUCUGAAAGUAGGAAAGGUUCUGGGGGGGGGGCUUUUGAGAGGGAGCUUCUGUGGGAGCACAUGCCUGUCUUCUGAGGAAGGCAGAGGGGGUGGAGAGUCGUCGUUCCCCCCCCCCAGCUUUGUGGGGGGUGAAGCUGAGCUGGGCCCUCUUCUUCGGGGUGUUGCUCUUUGUCCUCCUUGUGGGGGAGGGUUGCUAAAGCAAAGGCCCACCAGGUGUCCAGUCCUGGAGAUGGUUGCGGUUGAGCUGUCUGGCAGCUGGGUCCUAUGUUUGCAGUCUUCCCGUUUCCCCUAGAGCAGGGCUGGGCAUGUGCCUCCUCCUGGGAGCAGGGCUGCUGUUCCCUAGGGCAGAAGGAGGUGGUGUGUUACUGGGGAAGUCCCCCAACUUCUCUUUGGGGAGGGGGGUGUUCCCUUUUCUGGACAGGAAAGAGAGGUCAUGCAAAAGGCCCUCGUGUUCUGUGCAAGAAGGCCUUUAACAUCUGCCUGGGCGUCAGGAACAGCAGCUGCUCCCGUGUGUGCGUGCGUGUGUGUGUGUGUGUGUAGGCAGGGCUGCAUUUCAGGAGGGGGGGGCAGCCCCUGCCACCUGCAGGCUCCUGCUGUUUUCUGAGCCCUGCCCCAGUCUCGAGUCUCCUCCCCUUCAGGGUUCGUUCAGCAGAGCCCAGUGAUCCAUCGCCUGUGGCCCUCACCCCACCCCCAGCGUUGGUCCCCUUGCUGGCUGGGUAGGCGGCUCGGGCUUGUUUAUUUGGGCUGCUGAACGUUGCAAGCAAGGCGUCCUGGGAGCUGGUUCUCUGCCACGGCACGCUGCGGCUGCUGUGUGGGGGAGAUGGAGUUAGGCCAGUCCCAGCCGUAGUAUUUGACUUUGGCGGGGGGGGGGGGCAGGGUUGGGGACGUGUCAAUCAUCCAGUGGAGUUAGUGGAGGGACCCAGCAGCCCACAGCUGCUUCAGGCAAGGGUGAGUCAACCCUCCUUGUGUGGCGGCCUUUCCAAAGAGCUAUGCCCACGGGUUGCCUUCAGUGCCGUUGGUUGGCUGUGCAGUCUGACCUGCAGAAGCUACGAAGGAAGAGGAUGGCCGGCGUAACCCUGCCUGGGGUGGGGCCGCCCCCUUCUCUUCUCGUGCUGGGUGGGCUGUUUCCAUGCCAGCUCCUCCGGCUCCCAAGUGCCCGCCUGCCCGCCACCGGUCAGCCUGGAGCCACCACGGCAGGUGCUCUUGCCGCUUCGAUGCCUUGGCAGCAGGCUUUGCCUUUCAGGAAACCAAUUUUGGGUUGCAACAGUGCUGCAUAGGAACCCAGAUGGCUUGUGUGUGGAUUCAGGGGCAGCCUGGGUAGAAUUUUUUUUUUACUCUCUGCAUUGGGUUUUUUUAAAAAAAUAAAAGUGUUUUCUGUUUCUGUAGUUGUGACAGUUGGCGUUUAUUAACUUAAUCCUGGCCUGUGUUCGCAGCCGUAGUAUGAAACCCGCUGUGGUGCUGCAGGGAGUUUUCCAGCACGGGAAACCAACCUCUGCUCCCAGACUUCUCCCUGAGCUCCUAAUUUCAGUUUGUAAAAUAGGUUGGGGGGAAGGCGAGUCUCCUGAGGGGCUUCUGGGGGCCUUGGAGGGCCUCUUCCCGGGAUCUGUACGGUACAAGCAAUAAAACGUUCUUUAUUUCUA